AUGCACGUCUCAUACAUCUCCCUGGCCUUCUUCGCCAUCGGCGCCAUUGCCGCCCCCGCCGCCCCCAAGCCCGGCAGCAACAGCUUCGGCGACAUCACCGGCGGCUUCCCCUUCAACCCGACAGCCGCUAGCACCGUCGAGGAAAGCGACGAGGGAUUCGACAACCCCUUCCCUGCUGCCAUGGAGGCAUUGGAGCAAGCCGAGGUCGCUAAGCAGCACUCCGCCCACACAACGGCGUCGACACCCACCCACACCACCAUGGCUAAGCCCGAUAUGCCUAAGCCUCCCGCUGCACAGGCGACUACCGACCUCGGUGCUCUUCCGGCUAUCCCUACUGUGCCCGUUGUGGAUGCUGAGCCCACUCACAUGCACAAGCCCACUCCCACUCACUCUGUCGAGAUCGCGCCUAUGCCUACUCACGCCCACGUUGCUCCUACCAGCUUCCCUGAUCCUGUCGUCUCCCAGGCUCCUGUUCCUGUUGUUUCUAAGGCUCAGGCUCCUGCGGUGUCGCAGGCUCCUUCGCCCUCUUCUUCUCGCGCUCUCAUUCCUUCCUCCAGGGCUUCCUCCUCCGCUGCUUCUUCCAGUGCCGCUGCUUCUCCUUCUGCUGCUGCCGCUGGUCCCAUUGGCGGUCUUGUCGAGGGUCUUCCUCUUGUUGGAGGUCUUGUCGGCCGUCCCAUUGCUGGCCUUGGUCUCCGUCGUUAA